UCCCCUCAACCAGGUCCCUCCUCCUCACGACCAGGUCCCUCCUCCCCUUCCCCUCAACCAGGUCCCUCCUCCUCACGACCAGGUCCCUCCUCCCCU